GUUCUCACUACUAAUCUCCUUUUCUCCAGAAUGCUCCGUCUCUCCUCUUUUCUUCGCUUCUGCGUUCUGCAUUCUGCACUCCUCAACUGAUUCGAAAAUCACAAAGUAAUUCCUCCAAUAGAAAGCAAAAUGGAGCAACCAAGAUUAGCUGCUACUGCAACUAGAUUUUAUAGGGCCCUCUAUUUAGCACACAAUCAAGCUCGACAACGAGGAUUUGCCGCUGCUUCUUCUGGUCGUUCCGCUGACCCUGCCGUUUACUCCGAGGACCGUGAUCAUGAACUGAAACCUGCCGUUCCGUCUGGGAAACACGAAGAAACUAGAAAUCUAUACGAGCCUGACUCAACCAAGAGGGAAACGGAAACAGAAGCACAAUACAAACCCACUAAAGAAACCCAACCUUCGGCACAACCAAGACCACUGCAUGUUUCUUCUCCUAGGCACGAAAGCAAUGGAGUGAACCGUCCUGUAGAACCACAGAUUCAACAAAAACGUCAGAACUCACCGGUUAUCCUUGAAGAAAUAAGCUGUGCGGGGCUUGAUGGGACCCCAUGGCCGAUGGAGAAGGGAACCCAAGUACAAGGAAACGAUAAUGAUUACUAUAGGCAUCACAAGGCGUCCCCUUUAUCGGAGAUUAAGUUUGCAGACACUAGGAAGCCGAUAACAAGGGCAACUGAUGGCACUGCAUAUGAUAGUGGAAUGGGCAGAGACGUAAUUGGGUGGCGACCUGAGCAGCUUUACACGGCUGAGGAAACGUUGGAAAUGGCUCAAAGGACAUGGAGAGAGAAUGCUAUGCGUGGUGAUCCUGAUUCUCCACACGGACGGGUUCUGAGAGUUCUUCGUGGGGAGUGGUUUUGAGUAUUCGGAAUAUGCUGUUUGAUAGAAUUCCUUUUGGGUGUUGUGAAGAUGUAAUAAUUCAUGCAAUCGUCAGAUUGUAUCUCAAGUUCUUAACGUAAUGAAAGUUUUAGAGGGAUAUAAA